AUCCAAUUAGACCAGAUACAUAAAUUUUAAAUAAAUGUUCUUUAAGAAUACCAUAAGGAAAGAAAGUAGCUUUUGUUGGAGAAAGUGGUUGAGAGCAGUUCUUAGGAAUGCUAACAUACUUUUAUUAGAUGAAGCAACAAGUGCUUUGGAUGCUAAAUCAGAAGAGAUUGUUUAAGAGAGUCUUAAUAACAUAAUGAAAAAUAAUACUACUUUAUCUAUAGCUCACAAUUUCGACUAUAAAAGUAAAAUAUCUCAUUAUAUAUAUUUAGGAUUAUGAUAUCAUCUAUUUGUUUGAUAAUUGUAGAGUAAGGUAAUUACAACUAUUUGGUUGGGCUCAAAUAAUUCUUUUAUAGAAUGGAGAAG